CCCAACGGUCAUCUUCUAUUUUCAAUUCUAAAAGCCAUACACUCCUCCAAACUUCAAAUUCCUUGACUUUACCCCUACUGUUUUUCCUCUCUUCCGCUCCUCCUUCUGUAUCUCCGAACAAAUGGAAUCUCAGUAACCAGAUUAACCCUUUACUCUCAUCUACAGAGAAACCAAGAACAAACAAGUAACUGCCGAAUCCAACUGCAUCUUCUCUAAUGGGUUGCUUUUUUGCUUGUUUUGGUGCAUCAAAAGAUGCCAAACACCGCAAACUUCGACACCGGGUUCACUCUCCCGGUCAUCUAAGAGUUGCAAGUUAUAAUCCUCCGGUGAAGUCUACGGUUUAUUCAGCAGAGCAAUACUCUGAAAAACCUGUGACCCCUGUUUCAGGAGUGGGGAUUAAGGCUGAUGAGGAGCAGUUGAGCUCGGGUACUCGAAAGAAAGUUACUUUCGAUUCUAAUGUCAAAACCUUUGAGCCUAUUUUGCCUGAGGAGGUCACUAGUUAUUUACCAGAGAUCAGUGAAGUUAGAAAGCAAGAGAAGGAGAAGGAGAGAGAGAAGGAAAAUUUAGUGAAAUCAAAGCAAGAGAUGGAGAAGGAGGAAGAGAAGGAAAAUUUAGUGAAAUCAAAGCAAUCUCAGUCUUCUUCUGAAGCUAGUUCCAUUACAUCAAGUUCGGGCUCUUAUCCUUCAAAUUAUAGAUACCAAAACUGCAGAGAAAGUGAUGAUGAAGAAGAUGAACUGGAAUUGGAUAGUGAUCUUGAUAAUGACGAGGACGAGGAGGAUGACAAGGAGGUGGAUUUUGAUGAUAUGUCUGAGGAUGAUGACAAUGAUAUGGUUGCUAAAUCAAGAAUAGCUGUGGGCAAAGCUGAUACAAGAAAGGCUGUUGACAGUUCUUUGGUAACAAGUCGUUUGGAUGAGGGAGGUCUGAAGCCGAUUCAGGAUAAUCGAAGGGUAAGAGAUAGAAGUGCUUAUGUCCAUUCUGUUUUGAACCCAGUUGAAAAUCUCACUCAAUGGAAAGCUGUGAAGAAUAAGGGGAAACCGCAAUUGAAGCACCAGAAAGAGAAUUUCACAGACGAUCAAGAACCCCGGGCUUCUUUUAGCUUGGAGCCGAGUUUUAAGGAAUUAUCUUUAAGCUUCAAAACAAAAUCUGGCAAUCAAUCCAAGAAGCCGCCAAACCAAGAAGUUGCAGUUGAUGCUAGCCUCUCAAACUGGUUGCCAUUUUCAGAAACUACACCGAUUAACAAGAGUAGCUCAAUUUCGUUGAACACUACACCCGAGAAAACCAUGUCACAAGGAUCAAACUCACUGUGGAGCCAAGAAGAUAGACCUAUUUUAGGUGCGCUAACUCUGGAAGAAAUCAAGCAGUUUUCGUCUUCUUCUUCACCAAGGAAGUCACCAAGUCGAAGCCCUGAUGAGAUGCCCAUAAUAGGGAGUGUUGGGAGCUAUUGGAGUCCCACAAGCAAUGCCAAGGAUUCUGGCUCAGUGUCUUCUUAUAAAGGCAUACCAAACACCACUAGCAAGUACAGAGAGGAUAAGGCAGUAAAUUGGUACUCUACCCCAUUUGAAACAAGGCUGGAGAGAGCUUUGAAUAGAAAUUCUGCUGGUUACUCAACUCAUAAGUUUAAUGUUUGUCAGAAGGAUUGAUUGAGAGGUUUUGGAGUUUUUUUUGUGUGUGUGUGUUCAACAUCUCUUCUUUUAUGAUUACUUCUGUGAAUUAUAGUUUUGUAGUAGGCUGUGACGUUUGAUUGUUGUAAUUCUUUUGUUUUUUGACUGAUAAGUGAUGAAAUUAAUUGAUUGUUUACUUA